UCAUCCCAUUAACUGUCAAGUUAUAACUAGAAUACCGACUCAUCAUCUGCCCUUCAAUGGCGGACCAACAACAACCACCCCCCCAAGUCCUCUUAGUAACAUUCGCUUCUCAAGGCCACAUUAACCCUUCCCUUCAAUUUGCCAAUAACCUCAUCAACAAUGGCGUCCACGUCACGUUGAUGUCGGCUUCUUCCAUGAUUCACCGAUUCAACAAAGCUUCACCUGUCCAUGGCUUGUCCUACGCCUAUUACUCCGACGGCUAUGACCAUGCCUUUCAACUUUCCGGUGACACGAAUCAUUACCUUUCCGAGACAAAGCGUCACGGUACUCAAUCCUUGAGAGAGUUUCUUGCUGAUCAAGGCACUAGGUUCACUUCCAUUGUUUACUGUACUCUUCUCCCUUGGGUGGCAACGGUGGCUCGUGAGUUUCACAUCCCAGCCACCCUCCUCUGGUUCCAACCUGCUUCUCUUUUGAACAUCUGUUACCAUUACUUCAAGGGAUACCAUGAGAUCAUUACCAAAAACAUCGAUGACCCCAUGUUUACAGUUCAAAUGCCGGGGCUGCCACCGCUUUCUCGCCAUGAUUUACCUUCCUUUUUCAUCCCGUCCAAUCCACAAGCUAUGCCACUCUUAACCAUGAAAGAACAUGUAGAAGUUCUUGACCAAGAGACCAACCCCAGAGUUUUAGUUAACACGUUCGAUCUAUUAGAAACUGAAGCCAUAAAAGCGGCUGACAAGUGGUACAGUAUGGUCGGAAUCGGACCACUAAUGCCAAACCUUGCUGAAACAUCCAUGGGAGGUGAUCUUUUCAAGGUCACAAAAGAGCAUAGAGAAAUGGAAUGGCUCAACACAAAGCCUCAAACAUCAGUCAUUUAUGUCGCAUUUGGGAGCCUUUCCACAUUGGCUAAACCACAAAUGGAGCUACUCGCGAAGGGGUUGCUUGAAACUGGGCGUCCAUUUUUGUGGGUGAUAAGGGAAAGUACUGAUGAACAAGAAAAGGAUCCAUUGAGUAGGUUAAAUGAACUGAAAAAGCUAGGGAUGAUAGUGCCAUGGUGCCCACAAGUGCAAGUUCUUUCCCACCCAUCGAUCGGAUGCUUUUUAACACACAGUGGGUGGAACUCGACGUUCGAAAGCUUGGUUUCAGGGGUACCCAUGGUGACAUUUCCUCAAUGGGUAGACCAAGGAACCAAUUCCAAGCUCGUCCAAGAUGUAUGGAAAACAGGUGUACGUCUAAGAGAGAAUGAAGAUGGAAUGGUUGAAGCUGGUGAGAUAAAAAGAUGCUUGGAAAUGGUGAUGGGAGGUGAAGAAAUUAAAAAGAAUGCCAAGAAAUGGAAGGAUUUGGCUAAAGAAGCUGUGGAGGAAGGAGGGACUUCAUAUAACAACAUUAAAGCUUUCGUGGAAGAGCUUACAAAUAAAUAAAUAAUUCCAGUUAUUUUAUAUAAAAUAAAUAAUUAUAAAAUUUUAAUUUAUUUCCAGACAUGAUCUAAUAUUGUUAAAAAAUGAAAUAUCAUUUUAUAAAUUUUGUUGGUGUAUUAAAUACAUAUUUUUAUUUAGUAAUAUUGUUUUAUAUUUGGAA